UAAACAUUUACUUAAGACAGGCAUGAUUUUCUACAGUAUUUUUUUGGUUUUUGUCUUUUUUGACUUUUUACAAAACUUAAAAAAUUGGAUAACAACCAAUAUUCAUAUUUUGUUGUUUUGUUAUUAAUCGAGUCAUGUUUUUAUUAAUAUAUGAAAACCUAAUUAGUAAUUAGAUUACAACAUCAUUUACAAAAGAACAAGAUAAGGAAGCCUAGAUUUUGGAAACUGCACUUAUAAAUCCUACAUAAUACAUAUACAUGUUAACAAAAAUUGCCUUUUUUUAAUAUGGUAUCUCAAGAGGUGAGAACUAGGGGAGAGGACAAUGAAAACCGAAUUCAGGACUAUAUAUACGUGAGAUUUAGUAAUACUCCUUGUUUAAAUAUAAUAAGUUACCUUCUAAAUUAUCGGCUUGACCUUGAAUUAAUUAGCCAAUAUGAUGGGUCAAAUCCCUAUUAAUUCGAUGGUAAAGGAGAUUUGACUGCACAUAAACAUGAUGAGCUUUCAUCCUAAAACCAAUUAAACUUAUAUAUUCUUCAACAAAACAAAGCAACAAUAGAUUCAUACAAGAGUUGAAAAUCUUGCUCAAUUUUGAUAAGUUGACAUGAAACAAUAGGUGACAAGGCACAACCGACCAACUCUGCGCUUGUGUCGUGUCACGGGCCAUAGCUCAGUAAACAUGAGCUUGGUACAACACGACUCGUUACUAUUAGUCACCUGACCUGCUCUAGCCCAAGCAGCGGCGCAACGACAUAUAGCACAGGCACCAAAACAAAAUUCAUAUAAGUAGGCAGUAGCAUCAUUUUUACUAGUGUAAAACUGUAACAUGUUAACAGCAUUAAUGUACGGAGUGUCAUGUUAUGGUAAAGAAAAGGACUUGACUGAUGUAGUGAUGUGUCUUAAAGUGAGUGGUACUCACCUCAAUGUGUGAACCAUUGAUUCUCUGGACAACUCUCCUAUUACAGUCCCUACCAUAGCGCAAAAGCAAAAUUACAUCCCACCAAAUCAACUGCAUUCUAAAGAUUUUUAGAAUCAGUAUUACUCGCAUCGUAAAGGUAAAAAUCACAUUUUGAGCCGUUUUGAAUGAUUACUCAAAUUUUUGGAUGAUGUUAAGCGCUAUGUUACUCGGACUCUUCAUUUUACUUCACAUACUCGUGUCCGAUCUUUGAUGCUUGGACAUUGGUAUGGCACUUAGACACUUCAUUUAGGCGUAAAAUUGAAUAUUCAGACGCAUCCGACACAUAGACACGUAUCAGUAUCCGACAUCAAUACCCGAGUCCAAGUAACUUGGUUAAGCAUUAUGAUAAUCACAUCGAUUAUUACCAUUACUGCAUCAUCGUGUUGUUACCGCAAUCAAUCAGUGGUCCCCACCAUUCCAUAUUUUUUGAGUGACAAACUUGCUAACCAAUCACAGCAAUGGAACAAGGCACAUCACUUUUUUGUAUGCAUUUGUAGUUGCUCACUACCUUACAAAUGCAGCACCAUGUGUACUGGUCCAUUACCCACCUCCUCAAUUUGUUAUCCUGUUUUAUAUGAUUCUUUUUCCUUUUCUUCCUGCUCUUCCUCCUUCCUUCCCUUCACUUUCUUCAUUAUUACCCUGCCCUUUACUCUUAAGUCAUAUACCCAUUAAGACAACUAAAAAAGAACACCAACCCCAUCAAAGUUUCAACUACUAUCCAUACUUAGAAAUGCCCAAUUUAGUAUCUUGGACUAGGGAGGAGGAAAAGGCAUUUGAGAACGCGAUUGCGACUCAUUCAAUUGAUAAAUUGAACGAGCAAUGGGAUGAGAUCGCUUCUAUGGUUCCUACGAAAACGAUCAAAGAGAUAAAACAACAUUACGAAGAUCUAUUUGAAGAUGUGUGUGCAAUUGAAGCAGGAAAAGUACCACUUCCUAAUUAUGGAGAUAAUGAAAAUACAUUAUCAAAUGCUAAUGAUAGAGAUGAUCAUCAUCAUACUACAUUUAGUAAGGAACAAAGAGGAAAUACUAAUCAAGGAAAUGGGUAUUCUGCAUUUGGUCCUUCUGCAGUGGGAAAUAGUACCAAAUCUAGCUCUAAAUUGGACCAAGAGCGCAAAAAAGGCAUCCCUUGGACUGAAGAAGAGCAUAGAUUGUUUUUACUAGGACUAGACAAAUUCGGGAAGGGCGAUUGGAGGAGCAUAUCUAGAAACUUUGUGGUAACAAGAACACCAACACAAGUAGCUAGUCAUGCCCAAAAAUACUUUAUAAGACUGAAUUCAAUGAAUAGAGAUAGAAGAAGAUCUAGCAUUCAUGACAUUACUAGUGUCAAUGGAGGAGGAUUAUCACCAAAUCAAGCACCCAUUACAGGGCAACAAAGCACUAAUCCUGCAGCACCAGCACUUGGAACAGCAGCAACAGCUGUACAUAAUAAGCAUCAUAGGGCACAGCCUAAUGUAAAUAUGGCACCUCCAGGUAUAGCAAUGUAUGGUACACAUAUGGGGCACCCAGUAACUGCGGCAGCACCGCCACCGCCUCAUCAUAUGGCAUCAGCUGUUGGGACUCCUGUUAUGCUACCGCCGCCUGGUCACCCUCAUCAUUCGCACCAUCACCAUCACGCUCCACCUCAUUACACCGUCCCAAUGGCUUAUCCGGUUGCGCCUCCCUCAAUGCAUAGAUAACAGUUUAGGGUCCUGGUUCCGGCCUUGCUAUAGUCUUAGACUUUGUUUGGAUUCAGGGAAUUAGAGGGAAAGUAAGGGGAGGGAUGUGAAAGAAAGGGAUCUGAUGUGUUUCUCUUAAUUUUGUUAAUAACCAAAUCUCUAAAUGUCAAAAACUUUAGAAAGAACAUGUUACCCUUCCUAAAAAAACAAGGGACACUGCCCAUAUUAUUCCCUCCCUUUCCUUUCAGUUCCCCUAUAACUGUUAUCCAAACAAAGUGUUAAUGUUGACAACGGUAAGCAGGUGAUUGAACCAUGGCUCGGCUUAUUGGUGAAGACCUAUAUGUGCGAAGUAUGAGCCUAAAUCGGCUUCAUCAGGAUCGCCUUCUUGGAUUAGAUGCCUUUAAACCCUUGAUUUCAUUUUUGGUAUUUGAGUAGUUGCUUCCUAAUAGUACAUCCAUUUCACUUUUUGAUUCCCUUUUCUCCAUAUAUGUUAAAAGAAUUUUGGAGUAAGAAGUCCUAAUGAUACUUAGUACCCUUUUUACUAAUGCAUAGGAAAGUAAAUUUAUUUCCCUUUCAAUGUAAUUAUAUGCAACUUAAUUAAUUGAAUCACCUUCUAUGUCAUGUUGCUAA